AUGAAGUGGGCAAUUUUUGAGUUUGAAGAUCGCACGUGUGAAAUCGGACAGACAUCAUGGAUUUUGAACGAAGAUGAGAGGAAAUUUACGAACGAUGUUUGGUUGUUUAAAACAGAAAUAGCCGUCAGAUGGCCCAAAGACUUCGGCAAGGUUGCAAGAAAACUAGGAAAGACACCAGUCGACAUAUGUGAGGUUUCUUCUAUACUGUGCACUGCUACCAUAAUCAAAUUUAGCGGUAAGUGUAUACUAUAAAUACGCCUCGGUAUGCUAUAAACUUUGAAAACGAUUUAUACGAUAUUCAUAGAUUUUUUUAUCAAGCAUGUGGCAGUUUGGCUGUGACAAAUCGCAAAUAAAACUAAAAAAUUUUAGAAUGCUUAAUCACAUAAACGUGAAUAAAAAUGUGGUAUUAGUUGUGACAAAAUGCCUUGGUUUACUUAAUUAAUAUAAACUAAUUAAUAUAUUGUGAGGGUUUAAAAUAAGUUUUCUCUCCGAAUACACGAGAUUGGCGUCCUAUGCCAUGCUGGCCCACACAUAAGAGGGGAGGCCGCUGAGGCCAGCAGGAUUGACCAGGGGAUUGUAAUUCUCCCAUGGUUUCUUGAUUUUGUUUUUACAUAUAGCUAUAAUGAAAUAUGGUUUGAGUAAUGUAUAUAUAUAUACGCAUGCAGUGUAAACUAUAUUAAAGCAAACAGUGUCUUAGGGGCUGUUUAUAUGAGGCGAGCCAGCUCGGGUACCCGAGCUAGCUCGCUUUAGGCGGGAUCCCGUCUUUGUUAAUAUUUCCUACUAAAUUUCAUGUUGCGUUUAUAUGAGAACCGAGCUGGCCCGCCUAACUGAGGUCCCGCUUCGUGUGAGCUGCGGCUCGCUUCCAUAUAAACAGCCCCUUAAAUUUGAAAGGACUAAAAAAUCACUUUGUUAUAUAAUUAUUUUAUUGUUAACAAUAUGUUAUCUACAGGUACUGGUGAAUACUUACUUUAAUAUACUAAGCCAAAAUUUAAUUUAUGUUUUAUUAUUCAUUAUUUCAUAAUGUAUUGUCCUUUUAUUUUUUGUGUAAUUACUGUUUAUGGGGUAUUUGAUACACAACUUUAUCUAUUCAUGAGUGUUUUGUAACAAAUUUGGUUGUGAUUGAUUAUGUAAUUAACAAAGUUAAAGGAAAAUAACUUAAGCAAGUCAACAUAAUUUGGUUAUCGAUACCACAGAUUACUGUAUUUAUUAUAGGUAUAUUAUAGGGCAGUGCUGUAGAUUAAAGUUAGUUCCUUUAGCUAUACAUAUAUAUUAUUUUAUAUAAUUAUAUGACACAAAUCUUAAUUUCAGAUGUAUAUGAAACAAUAAAGGGUCAUUUAGAAAAUUAUUUGAAGACUGGUGACACCAAAACACCUAACAGGGGGAGGGGUCAACAAGUUCCUAAAAAGAAUUCCUGGUAUGCACUUCAAACUGAUUCGGAAAAUGAUGACACCUCCAGUCCUAAAAAGGUUUGUUUUAAUGAUAAAGCAGUAUGUGAAUGUGAAAUACAAAUUCUAUAGCCAGUAAUGAGCUCCAAGAUUUGUUCUGUCCUCAAAGCAUACAGUCUAUAGUAAAAGCUGGUGACAUGGUAGAAUCUUGGUAACUUUAUAAUCUAAUGGCAAAGCAUGGUUGAACAUACCAUAAUUCUGCAUGUAUGAUUGUAUUUUAGAAUCCACAGAAGAAGCUUAAGUACACAAAACCUGCCAAUGAUGGUAAUUUGGUGAACCUAGUGCAAAACAAAUAUGGGCUGGGUGAUGAAUCUGUAAGUAAAUAAAUAUUUUUUUAAAUAAUGUGAAACAUACUGUACUGUACAGUGCAGUGAGAAGUUAAUUUGUGACAAGUGUAUUAACUUAUUAACGACUAGUAUUGUACUCCACAACUGUCGAGUAAAAUCGCCUGGCAUUAGACAGAGUAAAUAUAGGGCACAUUGGUGUGUGUGCAUUGCCUGCUAGUGGUACUUACAGUGGUACUGCAACGGUUUUUUGUGCUACACCUGAAAAUUUGUAUUCUUAAAUCUUAACAUACAAAUACAUGAUUGUAGGAUAGGGAAGGGUCAGACGAUGAUGAUUUCACAAAAACGAACAAUGUACAGAAGUUGUUGGAUCUCCGAGGUGAAAAUAAGAAAUUGCGGGAAGAAGUCAGAGAUAUGAGACAGGAGAUCAAGGAUGAUGGUGCUUAUGAACAUGUAUGA